AUGGAUGGCACGUCUGCGCCUGCUGUGCAUAGUAGUCUCUGCUCUGAGAUUGAUAGCCACGCACAAGAUCCUAAUUCAGCCCCAUACCCGAAUAACAUAUCAGAUUCACCAACUUUACCCGAUAGCGCAGGAGUACAUCCUGAAAAUCCAGCUGAGGUUGUCGCGACCGAUGGCACACCUGCGCCGCGAGAUCUAAAUCCGGCCGAGAACGCAGACAAUGCCUUGAAGUCUCCUACCGUAGCUAGUAGUACAGAUGCCAGUCCUAAAGAUCCAGCUGGCGCUAUCGCCACCAACGAUGCGACUGCUUCUGGCAGACCUGCUGGUCGCAGCAGGAAGUCUGUUCCAGUGCUGCAGCUUGACAUGGUGCCAGGCCAGUGUUGGAUUGUCAAGUAUCGAGGCCAUUCUCCCUGGCCGGCUAUCAUAUGCGACGAAGAGAUGCUCACAAAGGACCUAAUAACCACGCGCCCAGUAAGCGCGAAGCCUAUUGACGGCACGUAUCGGGAAGAAUUCCAGAACGGUGGUAGAUCCACCAAAGGCAGGCGAUAUCCGAUCAUGUUUUUGGGCACAAAUGAAUUCGCCUGGACACACAAUACUGAUCUUCAGCCCUUGAAUAUGGACGACGUCGAGAAGCAAGUUGAAGCCGGUCCUCGCGCAGGAUCUGGCAAAGCUUUAGAUUUAUGGAAUGCUUACCGGGUCGCCGCCAAGAAUCACGAUCUGCCGUGGUUCAAGAAAAUGCUGGCUGAUGAGCACGAACAAGCCAUGCAA